AUGCUAGGCAUGGUUCCCCCCUCCGAGCGCGACACCAUGAUCGGGCGUAUGGAAAUCUACACAGAGUCAUCCGCGCUCGCCACCGUACAAGCCUCGUCCGAGUACAAAGAGUACUUCGACCUCGUGGAGCGCGAAAGCCUGUAUGCCACCAACGAGGAUCUGGCAGCCUGGUAUCCGACCGCGGGAUUUGUGGCGCGGAAAGGCGAAAAGGAGACGCCUCGCGCUGGCAUCGUCAUGCUUGCCAAGUUCGUGUGUAAAGAUGGCGAAGACAUGAGGGAGAAAUUGGUUGAUGUCCUCGGCAAGUUCUGCGACUGGGUCGAAGCUAACGAAGCCGGCACGCUGACGUACUGUGUAAUGACGCGACCCAAGGCACCUAACGAGGUCCUGCUUUUCGAACGCUACCUCAAUCUCCAAGCCCUCGGUGUGCAUGGAAAGACCAAAGAGUUCAAGGCAAUGUUCAAGGGCACGGGCCCUUUCAUCCAGGGUAGGAAGACGGUACUCAGCGAGUGGGUGGAACAGGAUGGCUCGUUUGUUUCGAAUACACCCGGCGGCGCGGGUGUACAAACGAAGCUCUGA